AUGACAAUGGACGAAAAAUCAAAAUUAGAAUACUUAAAGGAUGUUAACUCUGCGGCUGACAGAAUAAGACAUCAUCUUGCCAUGAGCCAUCAACAAGAAGUCGAAGAAGCAAACAGAGCACAAGCUGCUACUACCGUUGUCCCUGAAUUCAAGCGUGUUCCAUUACCAACUAUGAACACUGCUCCUCCAAUGUUAGAAAAGAACUGUACUUCUUCAUUCUAUGAAUCUGGUUCCACUUUGGAAAUGUGGGAAGAAAGUGUUGAACAAAAAUUACAAAAUAUUGAUCAAGAUAUUAAAAGUAAUAAAUUCGGUGCCGCUGAUUUGAACACCAUGUUUGCAUCUGGUAAAAUCGAAGAAAUGGACUUUUAA